AUGUCAGAAAGGAAACAAAUAGUCGUAGAAUGGCGUCAAGUUUUCUUCUUCUUCUUCUUCUUCUUCUUCUUCUUCUUCUUCUUCUUCUUCUUCUUCUUCUUCUUCUAUGCUCUAUCAAGCGAACACCUCAGAUCUGUUAUUUCAGCGCAACUUUUCUCCCGUUGUUUACGGUUUUUCAUCAUCAUGCGUGCUGUCAUUGGAGGACGACAAAGAGGGAGAGUAAGUAGUAGAAAUGAAAGACCAAAAACCACUCAUACUGCGACUCUUCCAACAUCGCCAACCGCCCACAAGCACACCACAAACACAACUACCGAACCAAUCAAACUGAAGACCCCAUCCAACUCUUGUACACUUCCAUCUACCUCUCAGAAAGCGACAGGUCUGACCUGUCGUGCGCAUGCGCUCUUCUCUCUCUUCCUAUCUCGUUUUACCGUCAAGUGCCUGACAUCGGGUUUACCCACUGCUAACCCUGUAGGGCACUGUGCUUAA